AUGUACACUGACAGUCAAAGAUUAAAAGGAAAACAACGACAUAGACCUGACACCGACAAUGAAGAAGAAUAUUCGCAACAACCUUCUCAACGCCUAAAGUAUGAUGAUUCAACUGUGAACUGGAAUGAAGAGGAGUUCCAACGUAAAGUUAAAGAUACAGUGAGACUUGCUCUUGCAUGCGAAUUCAAAAAGACUGCCAUCAAACGUGAUGACAUUAAUAAAAAAGUAUUGCAGGACCACAAGUUUGAAUUCAAAAGGUUGCACAGGGCAGCUAAUGAUAAGCUCAGAUAUCUGUUUGGCUUUGAGAUGGUCGAUUUGCCUGUAAAAGAAAAGAUAUUGGCUGGUAGUCGAAGAGAUGGUAAAGAAGUGCCUGGUAGUGGAUCCAAAGGAUACAUGCUUCUCAAUGCAUUACCCGAGAAAUACAAUGUCCCGGAGCUUUUCAAAUACAAAGAUGAAGAAUAUGAGAAUGUCGGUGUGCUUUAUUGUAUUCUUGCGUUAAUUUUUGUGAAUGAGCAGACUCUUUCAAAAGGUGAACUUGAAGAACAUCUCAAUCGCCUUCAUGUCACAGACGAAACACAGACCUUUGGUGAUAGAGACAAGCUGUUGGAUAACUUUGUUAAACAAGGAUAUUUAUUACGCAAGAAGAAUAAUCUUGCUGCCAAUGAUCCAAAUGCUGAUCCUGAUGCAGGAAUAGAAUACUACUGGGGACCAAAGGCCAAGGUGGAAAUACCUGAAGAGAACAUUGUGAAUUUUAUCACGAGCGUGUACAAUCCAGAGAACACCAACAUUAACAAACUGACAGAAUAUGUUUACAAAUCUGCCGGAUUCAGUGUUCCUUGA